UAAAAUAAAGUUGUAUUAAUGUUAAAUAUUUUUUUUUUGCAAUAUCAAGCUAAAAGAGACAUAGGAUUACUGAAAGGAAAAAAAAAAGUUUUUUAUUUUUCCAAACUUUUGUUAAUUUUUUUGAAUGCGAGACUGAGUUGUUUGGUCCUUUUGUCUUAACAGUCUCCAUUUAUUUUACUGUCUAUGCUCUUAUAUAUCACACUUUGAGACCGGUGAUGUGCAGAUAUGUAGAACCUGAACAGGUGAUGUAAGGUGAGAAAUACAUUAGUGCAGUUUUGUUUUCCUGGCAUAAAUAUUUUUUUUCUAUAAGUAAUUACAUUUAUAAACAUAUAUGAUAUAUAAAUGAUCAACAAUGUGUGCAGGUGAUGUGAGGAAAAAAAAAACAUAAAAUGAGGCUUUUAUCUCCAUUACGGCUGCAAAGUGAUCAAAAACCAACUAAAUCAAAUUAACCCAGAUUGAUAAAAGGAUCCCGGACGAGCCCCCAAAUUAUGUCAUGCCACUUUUAUGUAUAGGUGACCUAGAGGAGCAUGAUAUAAACAAUUGAGUCUCUUACUCUUUUGUGUUGUUUUGUUAUAAAUAUUUUUUUUAUUUUUAUAGGUAACUACAUUUAAGUAUACAAAUAUAUUGUAUAUAAAAUAAUCAGAUUACAUAUAAAAUAUUUUUUUAAAGUGGGGGUUUCCUCUGACAUCUUGCUGCACAAACAUUUUUUAAAUCCAGGUGCACGCUGUACAUGUUCUAUUGGUCCAAAUAAGCCAGUAGUUGCAGAAAAACAACUGAUUGGAGUGGAGGACCUUCACACAAGCUCCAUUCUGAGCUCUGAUUGGCUGACAUCACCGUGUCGAGUGUUCUGAUUGGUCGAGGCGUCCUCGCGUGCCAGCAUUGAUGUUCAGCCACUGGUCCUGAUGCUGUGACAAUGGGAGUCCUCCAGAUCUUCCUCCUCUGCACCGACAGUGUUUAAGCGGCCAAACAGACUCGCGGGGCUAAAGUUGAAGGUUCAGACGGGAGGCCGGACAGGAACCCGAGAGGAGGCGGCUUCUGCUAAUGCUCUGAACGGAAAGAGCGGCUCUGGCUUCCUCCAACGGUCCGAUGAUGGGAGUGUUCAGCCGGCAGAAGUUUUUCCAGGAGCUCACUCACGGCUGCCUGCUGCCGACAGCUCAGCAGGGCCUGGAGCAAGUGUGGCAGCUGCUGGUUAUCUGCCUGCUCUGUCGGCUGCUCUGGAUGUUUGGUCUUCCUGCUUUUGUGAAGCAUCUGGGCACGGUGGCUGGAGGUUUCUACACCCUUUACCUGUUCUUUGAGCUGCACAUGAUCUGGGUGGUGCUGCUCAGCCUUCUCUGCUACCUCUUUCUCUUUCUGUGUCGUCACUCCACCAUCCGAGGGACCUUCCUCUCCAUCACCGUGCUCAUUUACCUUCUGCUGGGAGAACUUCACAUGAUGGAUACUACCAACUGGCACAAGAUGAGAGGAUCACAGAUGGUGGUGGCCAUGAAGGCCAUCUCUCUGGCGUUUGAUUUGGACCGAGGCGUGGUGACCAGCGUCCCCUCACCCAUCGAGUUCAUGGGCUACAUUUACUUUGUGGGCACCGUCAUCUUCGGGCCCUGGAUCAGCUUCAGCAGCUACAAAGAAGCUCUAGAAGGACGUAAGCUGAGCUUUCAGUGGCUUCUAAAAGUGUCAGUUAGUUGGAUCAAGAGCCAAAUCUGCCUGGUUAUUUCCAACUGUGUGGCGCCCUACCUGUUCCCCUAUUUCAUACCUGUCUAUGGAGACAAGCUGUUAAGAAGCAAGAAGAGGAGGAAGGUCAGAGGGACGCUGGCAAAGUGGCUGCUGGCGUAUGAGAACACAAUGUCUUUCCACUUCAGCAAUUAUUUUGUCGGCUACUUGAGCGAGACUACGACGACGCUGGCAGGGGCGGGCUUCUCUGAGGAGAAAGAGAACCUCAAAUGGGACAUGAGUGUCUCCAAGCCGCUCAGCAUAGAGUUUCCCCGCUCCACGGUGGAGGUCGUGACAUCAUGGAAUCUGCCCAUGUCUCGCUUUCUGCACACCUAUGUUUUUAAAAGUGCGCUCAGAUUUGGGACCUUCUCUGCAGUCAUGUUGACAUAUGCAGCCUGCGCCCUUCUGCAUGGUUUAAGUUUCCAUCUCGGGGCAGUGCUGAUAUCUCUGGGCUUCAUUACAUACAUUGAACACGCAUUGCGGAAGAGGCUUGCAGUCAUCUUUAAUGCAUGUGUGCUGUCAAAGAAAUGUUAUCCAAGCUGCAAACACAAGAACAAAAAGGAGCUAUGGGUGUACAUGAUUAACAUAGCAUUCAGUGCUUUAGCCAUUCUUCACAUGACCUACCUGGGCUCUGUGUUCAACUCCAGCGAGGAUUACAUGGAAGAAGAUGAGGACGAGAUCACCCAUCACACCGUUCAGAAGUGGUCCGAGCUGAGCUGGACCAGUCACUGGGUCACUUUUGGAUGCUGGAUAUUUUACCGCCUCCUUCUGUAAAAGUAAGCGAUGAAACUGGAGUGAAGGAAGCAAUAAUCAAGAGAAGAGAAGCAGGUUUUCCACUUCUGCACUGUGACUUUACCCUCCAUCAGACCCAAGAGUACACACGCAGUAUGUAGUGUUUAAGUCGGGUUACACAUCGACUGGGUAAUUUCCUCUUCAUGCCUGGUGGGGGACUGGUUUUGAUAUACAUGAGACGACAGCAUGUGGUGCCAUUUUUUUCUCUCUCUCUGUACCAUCCCCUUUGUAUCUGAGCCACAGUUAUCAAGCUCUCCUGUUGUGACAACAGUUACUGAUAUCUCACUGUGAGGGACAAUCAAUAGCUGUCAGCACAGUGGAGAUCAGCUGCUCCUUUCCUUAGAGAUGAGCUAGAGACUGUGAGACUGAAGUCCUCCAGAUGUUCUGUUCCUUCAUCCCAGCAGGUUUAGGACAAACUUAGUUACACUUUUUUACCUGAACCAAAAGCCAGAAAAAGGACGUUUUUCCUGACUCUCCAACUAUCAUUGUAAUCAUCCUUUUAACUACUUGGACGUAUAAAAAUGAAACCCCAUACAGUAUAAAUGUGGGUCGAUAUCUGUUUUACAAAAACUGCAUCAAAACGCUAAAGUCAGAGGUGGGAAAUGGACAAUUAUUGCACAACAGCAGCUUCUGGAAGCACCUUUUGUUUUCUUUAGAGUAAAUAUUGAUUAUUUUUUUAGCAUUUUUUAGAGCUAAAAGUAAGUCAUCUGAAUCAAUUUGAACUUAGGAAAGCAAUAUCCAUUCAUCAAAUUCACAAAUGUAUUUAUUUUGAAAGAAAUUUUUCAAUUUUAUCCAGCAAGAAACUCCUUUUCUGUUUAUUUUUAUUUAAAGAAUCCAAAAUUACACUAUCAAAAGUUGGACCUUUCUUCAGUUUACAUCACUGUUUAUAUGAAAUGAGUUUUUAAAACAAAAAUAAUUUUAGAAUAAAUAUUUGACAAAUUAACUGUUUAAAUUAAGACAAAUUGUUGACUUGUGAAAUGAAAUGUAGUAGUUUGCAAUGUGAUAACCAGUCUGAUAUUUUAAUUACAUAAUUUUCUGUUUGAAAUCCUUUAAAUUUACAGUAUUUUGUUUGCAUACAGCUCUCCUCAUCCCCAAACACAGUGUUUUGUUACUUUUUCAGCUAUUCUUUUUGUUGAUAUGCAUAUCUGAACCACUUUUUUUACCUUUCAGACAUAAAGUUUCAUAUCUGAUUCCUAAAUCUGUUGUAAAGAGACAUUUAUGGUAAAGUGUGUCCAUGUUCUGUUAAUGCAACUAGGCCGCAUCAUCACAUUCCUACCACUUUUAGAGAGAGGGACCUUCCCCCGGCCAACCCUUCAAAAUUCAGUAGUUGAAAUUCAAAGUAACUUAAAUUACUUUCGAACUAGACAAUAAAGUAAAUUAAACUUGAAAUAUGUAAGUAUUUGAUGUGCCAAGAGAUCCUUACAGAACGGUUUCUGGGCUUUUCUGCAAUUCUGAUUUAAAGUUAAUUACUUUCAGCUUCACAUUUUCUGUUUUUAUACUUCAAAACUCAAAAUUCAUACAUGAUCAUAAGUGGAAUGACUCAAAUGUGUAUUUUUUUUCCUUAAACACUUAAAAACCUGUUUUACUGUAAAGGAUGGAUUCUGAAUUAUUUAAAAAUAAUUUUCUAAGCUUAAAAUAGAUGUCAUUUUCUAAGAUUUAAAUAUUGUUCAUAAGUUUUAGAUUUCUGCACACACCUGAAUUCUUCAAAAUAGUAAAAUGUCAAGUUUGAUGGCACUCACACCUCCAUAAUUUAGGUUAUUCUUAGAUAUUAAUUCAUUCUCCUGUCAAUGAUUUUUAUCCAAUAUAAACAAAUUGAAGAUUACACUGAACUGAUUUUCAGUAGUCCUUCAUUUGAUUUAGUUUGUGUCAGAACUCAACCAAAGAAAGGAGCAAACAGAUUGUUUUGUCACUUUCUUUUUCACGUGGAAUCUAAUAUAAAACAUUAGUAAAAAUGACAGAAAAUAUGUCAAACAUUCAUUAGCAAAUAAGCAAAAAAGUCAGACUCCAACUAUAUUGUUUUAUGUUGUAAAAUCGUUCUUAGUAGUCCUUUAAUUAUGUAGUUUUUAGCCAAAACAAAAAUUUUCAUAUAUAU